GGCCAACUCAUUCUCUUACUUUAUUUACGUUUUUUGGGGCAGGAAGAAAAGAACGGUUUUCUCUUUCGUUCAUUGAUUCAUUCAUCUCUCUCUCUCCCUCUCUCUCUCUCUCUCUCUACGAUGCGAGUUUUGCAGAACGCCGGGAUCCACGUUUUUCGACAACUGCAUUUCAACGUAUCCCAAUACUUUCGCGCCUGAUUGGGACUCACUUUUUCUUCCAUUUUCGAGAUUUUUGUUGUAACCUACCAAGAGUGGAGGAUUAUAAAAUUGAAGCAGAGAUUGUUGUUGUGUUUGAUAUUGGUUGUGUGUAUUUGAAGAAAUUGAGGUUGAUUAGAGGGAACAAUGUCUGGUCGGAAAGAACACCAUCACCAACACGGGCACCAUACCGUUCCUCUUGCAGUGCUCUUGAAGCGGGAAUUGGUGAACGAGAAAAUCGAGAAAUCGGAUUUGGUUGUUGUGUAUAGCCAAGCUAGCGAGAACAAGAAAGGAGAGGAUUUCACGUUGAUAAAGACCGAACGACAAAGAGUCGUUGCAGAUGGGGUUUCUACCUAUUCUGUUUUUGGGCUAUUUGAUGGACACAAUGGAUCUGCUGCUGCUAUUUAUGCCAAGGAGAAUCUUCUGAACAACGUCUUAAGUGCCAUUCCUCCAGAUCUCAACAGAGAUGAGUGGGUAGCAGCAUUGCCGAGGGCUUUGGUUGCUGGCUUUGUAAAAACUGAUAAAGAUUUUCAACAUAAAGCAAAAACAUCAGGAACAACCGUAACCUUUGUGAUUAUAGAAGGAUGGGUUAUAACAGUUGCAUCAGUUGGUGAUUCCCGUUGCAUACUUGAACCUUCUGAAGGUGGGAUUCAUUACUUGUCAGCAGAUCAUCGACUAGACACCAAUGAAGAGGAGAGAGCACGCAUCACUUCUAGUGGGGGUGAAGUUGGUCGGCUAAAUACAGGUGGAGGUGCAGAGGUUGGCCCGUUGAGAUGUUGGCCUGGUGGCCUGUGUCUUUCUCGAUCCAUUGGUGAUAUGGAUGUUGGUGAAUUUAUUGUCCCUGUACCAUAUGUAAAGCAAGUAAAGAUUUCCACUUCUGGGGGAAGACUUAUUAUCUGCAGUGAUGGAGUCUGGGAUGCUCUAUCUGCAGAAACGGUCCUUGAUUGUUGUCGUGGCAUGUCAGCGGAGGCUGCAGCACCACAUAUUGUAAAAGAAUCUUUGCAAGCAAAGGGACUUAGGGAUGACACAACCUGCAUCGUGGUUGAUAUAUUACCCCAGGAGAAGCCACAUACUUCGGCACCAACACAAAAAAGACCGGUAAAAGGAAUGUUGAAGGCCAUUUUUCGCAAAAAGUCCUCUGAGCCAUCUUCAUAUAUUGAAAAAGAAUACAUUGAGCCAGAUAUGGUACGGGAACUAUACGAGGAAGGAUCUGCCAUGCUUUCAGAAAGGUUUGAAACAAAAUAUCCACUCUGCAACAUGUUCAAGUUAUUCAUGUGUGCAGUAUGUCAAGUAGAGAUUAAACCUGGGGAGGGUAUUUCAGUACAUGAGGGUGCGCCUAACCAAGGCAAACCGCGCCCCUGGGAUGGACCUUUCCUAUGCUCAAGUUGCCAAGAAAAGAAAGAAGCCAUGGAAGGGAAACGUACAUCAGAUAGACAUAGAAGUGGAAGUGACUAAUGAAUUAUCAUGUACAUAUGCAUUUUGAGAGUGACAAAGAUUGUUCAUAUAACGCCAAGGUCAAAUUUCGAAACAACUGUGACUCCCUUUAUUACCUCGGGGGUUUCUCAGAAUAUGGAUUCAUUUUGAAAUCUUCUCAGAUUGUUCAUACGGAUUUUCAUGUGUUUUUCAAUGCAUCAGAGACAGGAGAGACUAACAAUAGCAGCCUGUUAGAGGAUUUAUGUGAAUCGAAGAGUUGAAUAUGAACCACCCAACAAGAGUGGCGAAAAGUUCUGUUAAAAGAUGGAAUGCGCAAUAGGACGUCGGAGGCUAUUCAUUAUUUUUCUUAUCUUUUUUGUUGUUUCUGGAUGUAUAUCUGUUCAUUGUUGUAUAUGGAUCUUUUCGAAUCAUGAGGAAGUACCCUUGUUGUAUUACGCCAUAGGAAGUUUAUCUAGAUAUCAUAGACCAAUUCCACAAACACAAUAGUAGAUUAGACGUAUGUUGAGCCUUCUGAAUGAGUUAUUGUAUUCAUUGUUGUUAGUUCCUUUUACCAAUAGAAUAUUAACAUUUUGUAAUAGAAAUAAUAGUAAGGAAUUAAAACCCCUCCCCUCUUUCUCUAGAAAUAGUGAAGUGAUUCUUAACAGUCCA